AUGAAGCUUUUGUCUAAUGGUAGUAAACAUGUUUCUGUCUGCAGUGCUGGAUCAGGGCUGCUGUGCAUUCGCUCUGCUGCAGGAGAACGGAUUCAAUGAAGAUCGACCCGAUUUCCUGAGCUUUGACCCCACUGUGGUGGCGGAGCAGUUCACACUGAUGGAUGCAGAGCUGUUCAAGCGGGUGGUGCCGUAUCACUGUCUGGGAAGCAUCUGGUCUCAGAGAGAUAAGAAAGGGAAGGAACAUCUGGCGCCGACCAUCAGAGCCACGGUCAGCCAGUUCAACCGCAUCACCAACUGUGUCAUUUCCACCUGCCUCAGCGACCGGACGCUCAAGCCUGGCCAGAGAGCCCGGAUCCUGGAGCAUUGGAUCCAAGUAGCCAGAGAGUGUCGGAUCUUGAAGAACUUCUCAUCUCUGCGUGCGAUUCUGUCUGCGCUGCAGUGUAACCCGGUUCACCGGCUCAAGAAAACAUGGGACGAAGUGUCACGAGAAAACAUUCGCAUCUUCCAGGAGCUGUCAGAGAUAUUCUCUGAUGAGAACAACCACUCGCUGAGCCGAGAACUGCUGAUAAAGGAGGGAACGUCCAAAUUUGCCACUCUGGAGAUCAACCCUAAGCGAGCGCAGAAACGACAGCAGCCACAGAGAGAUCUGACUGUGAUGCAGGGGACGAUUCCUUACCUGGGAACUUUCCUGACGGAUCUGGUCAUGAUGGACACGGCCAUGAAAGACUAUCUGGACGGAGGCCUGAUCAACUUCGAGAAGAGAAGGAAGGAGUUUGAGGUCAUCGCUCAGAUUAAGUUGUUACAGCUGGCGUGUAACAAUUAUAAUUUCCGGCGUGUGGCGGGGUUCAGUGCGUGGCUCUCCGGCGUGGAGAAGCUCUCGGAGGCCGAGAGCUACAGUCAGUCGUGUGAGAUCGAGCCACUCUCUGAAUCGGCCUCCAACACGCUGAGAGCCAAGAAGAGCUCAGGAAUCAUGAAGAGAUGGAGCGAUCGGCAGCCCGUGGGUUCGGGGGAAGCCGGAUGUAGCGGCUCUGGAAGCUCUCACUCCAAGUCCUUCGAUCAGCUGCGUUUCCCGCCGGGUUUGAGCGGCUCGGCAGGCGACGGCGGCGACUCUCUCAGCGUGACGUCCGCGGGGUCCAGCAGCUCUGACGUGGAGGAGGUCAACAUCAGCUUCAUCUCUGAUUCACCCGACGCUCUGGAGAGGAAGACCUCCACGCCCUUCGUAAAACAUUCCAAUUCUACCUUAGGGAAGUGCGGCCCUACGGCAGACCUGAUACCCACGUUCUGGGAGUCCACAUCUCUAUCGUCUCUGGACGCGUCGGGUCUCGGCUCAGGUUCUGGCUCCAGCAGUGCCUCCUCGUCUUCGGUGUCGUCCACACCGGUCACAGCGUCCCGCUCACACAAGCGCUCCGUCUCCGGCGUGUCCAGCUACUCGUCUCUCUCUCUGCCACUUUACAACCAGCAGGUGGACGACUGCUGCAUCAUCAGAGUCAGCCUGGACGUGGACAACGGAAACAUGUACAAGAGCAUACUGGUCACCAGUCAGGAUAAGACUCCUGCAGUCGUGAGGAAAGCCAUGAUCAAACACAACCUGGACCGCGAGCGAGCCGAUGAUUAUGAGCUGGUUCAGAGAAUCAGUGAGGAAAAGGAGCUGAAGAUUCCCGACAAUGCCAAUGUUUUUUAUGCCAUGAACUCCACGGCCAACUAUGACUUUGUCUUGAAGAAGAGAGGUUUCCCGAGAGCAGGCCGCACCAAACACGUGGCCAGCUCCACGCUGCCCCGAAUGAAGCAGAAAGGUCUGAAGAUCGCCAAGGGACUCUUCUGAACCCCAAGCUCUGUGUCAGUACAGCAGCGCAGGAGAUCUGUGUUUACAGUCAUUCCCGGAUCUCUAAACCCGCUCUGGUCUGUGACGUCUUCAGCUGUGUGCUGUGAACCACUGACCUCCGCUGGGGUCAUCUGGCCGGUCACAUGACAGGAAGUGACCUCAGUGUUGUUCCUCUUUACUACCGCGGUGGUGCUCAGGCCGACGAAACGUUUCUCUCUUCUUCUGUUUCAUGCUUUCAUUUCUCACACAGAUGCCGAGUGACUCUGUCACUGGUGUAGUUGAUAAAAGUAAAAUGUCGUAAUUUAAAAGUGAAUUCAUUUUCUUGCCACUGCAGAUGGAGGAGGUGGUGUUUGUAUAAAUAUGAGCAGUGCAUAAGGAACAAGAUGAACACCGAAAUAUGUCAGUUUCUAACGUGGUUUUAACAGUGCAGUCGCUCACUGUGACGCUAAUCAUUCACGUAAAGCUACACCUCGGUGGCCCACAUCUCAUAUCUCCAGUCCCUGUUUCCAUCGCUGCACACUGAUGUGUGAAACCCCAACCAUAGCAUUUCAAAUAAAAAUGAAAGGUGUGAGGAUGAGGGUUUUUUUCGAGUGUCAGCGGUCCAGAGAUGUUGGCUGUAGUCGUGAUAAACCUGCGCUGAGAUCGGAAGAAGAGGGAAACAACUUCAAAAGUGAAACUGCACAUCAAUGAAUGAGUUUUUGUACUGUUUUACCUGUAGUUCAGUGGUCGUUCAUGACUGAAUGCACAUGCUUCACAAUGCUGACCUGCCAUAUUUCCACA